AUGCAGGCCGAGGUGGAUGCUACACAGGACACCGAGUUCCACGACGCCCUGCGCGCACAUGGCAUUAUCCCGCCCAAACCACCCUCGCGCUCGCCCUCGCCCGAGCUUCCGAGCGCCUCGGAGCUGCGCAGCCAAGCGCUCAAACAGGCGACGGUCUCUGACCUCGACCUCGAGCUCGAAGGUGCAGUGGACGAUGAAGAAGAAAGGCUGCUCGACAAGAUCCGUCGCCAGCGCAUGGCGCAGCUGCGUGCCGAAACCACCAAGGCGCGUUUCGGGCGCGUCUAUCCCAUCAGCCGACCCGACUACACGCGCGAAGUGACGGAAGCCAGCAAGACCGAUCCCGACACCGAUGCCGAGUCUGCGCCUGCACAGCCUGCGGAGGGGACGGAUAAGCAGCGCCAGGGCGGUACGGGUGUGGUGUGUUUCCUGUACAAGGACGGCAUUGACACGUGCCGAUUGCUCGCCGGCUACCUCGAUACGCUCGCUGCAAAGUACCCCGCGACGAAGUUCGUCAGCAUCGUCGGAGAUCAGUGCAUCCCCAACUAUCCGGACCGCAACCUGCCCACGCUGCUGAUCUACAGGAACGGCGAGCUGCAUCGCCAGAUCGUCGGCCUGCGUCCCGAGAUCGGCCUCGACGGCAUGAAGACCAAGUGCGAGGACAUCGAAUUGCUCCUCACCGCGGUUGGUGCGAUCGAGCGCUCGAGCGUGCCCGGUGCACCCACAAAUGCGGACAACGCAAGACCAGAUACAAUCGACGAGGAAGAGGAGGACGAGGAGGAUGGAGAGCACCGGAAGCGCAGCAUCCGUGAUGGCGGCAAGCCAAAGACGCAGGAGGAGCUCGAUGACGAACUCGAUUGGGACCUGUAG